UGGAAAACUGCCUUACAAAACUGAAGUUGUUUUUUUCAUCACCUCAUUGCUUUUCUAGCUUCAUGAAGGCUUUUGUGGAUACUCCAGGAGUUAAACUCUGUUCUCCAUGGAAUGGGUUUAGGUCAUCAUCUUAUUUUUCUUCAAGAAAAGGGAGGGUGUCUGUGCAUGGCUCAGGUCCAGCCUUUUCAGUAAUAUUUGAUAGACUGGGAGAUCCACAGAAAUCAGCUUUGUUGUGUAAUGUAGCUUUUUGGGUGCAGAUGCUUGACUCCUUCACAGCAGCCGCACAGCGUGUCAUGCUGACAUCUGUAACUCUGGACAAACACCAAAGUGGCAAGUAAGUGCAAAGUUGGGGAGAAACUUUUUUUUUUCCCCAUCUCUUUCGUUCUCCUUGGUUUUUUUGUUGAUUUUUUUUGCUGCUGUUGGAGCAAGAAUGGGUCAGCUGUGUGGACGGUGCAUGCAGCUGCUGCACAACUUCGUGGCCUUCGUUCAGAAGAUGUCUUCAGAGCUGGUGCACAGCGUGAAGGAAUGCUUAGCUCUGAUAAGCGAGUGCUCCUGCUUGAAACAGAAUGCCUCAAAGACCAGACAGCUGUACAAGCCCAUGCUGCAGCCUCAUGAGCGGGUUACAGCACAGGAAUUUCUGCAGCAAAUUGAAAGAGGUUUUGAGAUGUCACCACUGGGAAAGGACCCUCUGGAAGCCUUGAGGAUCUUAGCUUUUUCUGAAAACCCAGGUCUACAGCAGUCUGCUGCUCUCUAUUAUUUGCAUAUGAGCCAGCACAUGAAUGUUCCCCUGCCAGCAGAGCAUCUAGAGCCCUUCUAUGCCUUACUGCGCUCUGCUGACCUGGAGGUACAACAGAUGUCUUCUUUGUCCCUUGUCAACUUUUUGCUGGAAGGAAAUAUUGACAAAGAAAUGGUUAUCCAAAUGGGUUUACUUGAGCCAAUUCUGGAUCUGCUUGAGUCAGAGGAUCCCACUGUCCAGUGUAAUUCCUGUGCCUGCACAAUGACUUUAGCUGUUUCAGAAUCCAACCGAGAGGCUAUCGGCGCUGCUCGAGGAGUUACACCUUUACUGUCUCUUGCCAACUCCUAUGAUCCUAGAGUACAACAAAAUGCAGUUGGUGCUAUUCUCAACCUUACACAAUCAGAGAGGAUCCAACUGGUCUUGUGCAAGGAAGGAGCCCUGCCAGUUCUCACCUUGCUGUUGGAGUCCCCUGACUCAGAAGUGCAGUAUUAUAGCUGUGCUGCCCUAAGCAACAUAGCAGCCAACACUCAGCACCAUGAGGCCAUGCUGAGAAUUGGUGACAGAUUCCUGCUGCGCAUGCUCAUCUCUCUUCUGUCUUCCUCUGUGGACAAGAAGGUUUCAAGCCAGGCAUGCGUUUGCCUAAGAAAUUUGGCUACCAGGGCAGACACACAGGCCGAGCUGGUUGCCAAGGAUGUCCUGCCCAGGCUGUGCUCUCUCCUGGUGUCCAGCAGUGAGGAUGCGUGUCGUGCAGCUGUCGCUCUGCUCUGGGUGCUGUCCCAGCACCCACAUAACCAGGAUGCUCUGGUGUGCACUGAGCUACUGCAGAGCCUGGGGAUGCUCCUGUCAGUGCACACAACAGACCCUGUGAUUGCUGGCCAUGCUGCUUGCAUCAUCAAAAACCUGAACCUUUCCAAGAACAGACAGAGAAUCAUUGAGAGCCCAUGUGUUGAAGGUCUCCUCCAGACCAUGCUUUCUAUUGACGUUGAAGAAAACUCUCUUCAUUAUGUGACAUCUUGCCUUGCUGAGCUGGCAAAGCAAGAAGGAGGCACAUUAUGCAUGGUCAAAUGGAUGAAUGAACCCUUGACAAAGCGCUUGGUAAGACUGGCUGGCCAACGGGAACAUACCGAGACAUCCUUUCAAGCUGCCUCCAUCAUCCACCACAUGAUAGAUCACGAAAAGAUGAUGCUUUUGUUGAAGUGUCACAUCAUUGAGAUUCAGGCCUACCUCAGGAAUUUUCUUACCCACCAAGAGGUUCGCUUCCAGCAGCUGGCCAUUUCCACAUUCUGCAGGCUGCAGGCAGAUCCAGAAUUCUCAUUAGCAUUCAGGAAAAACCAAAUGGCCAAACUCCUCGAGCAAGUCCGUCAACAGACAGAAGAAACUCAAGAGCUCCUUAGGGCAGCUAUUUGCCAUGCAGAUAGUUAAUAUUUAAAUCAGAUAGCUUAAAAAACUUACCAGAUUCAAGAGCCUGAUCUUUUAGAGAUGACUGUCUUCAUUGGUUCCUGUAGCUUAACUGCUCCUGUUACUUGCAAUUUCCUGCUAUGAACAUGGUGCACAGCACCUUUAUAAAGCAGAGAUGUUCCAAUAACAAGAAUGGGACCAGAUCAAAAAGCAAACACAAUAUAACAGCUCCCAUGAAAGACUUGUGAAAUGCGUAUAUGAAGACAGAAAUCUGUUUUCUGCAAAUGGCACAUUAUUUCCAUAGGUACUUGCAAAAGGGAAAGUGAACAAAUUCGACAAAAUUACACAUAAAUGUUAUACUCUGUUAAUUCAUUUUGAAAGAAGUUAGAGGACCAAUACAUGUAGUAGUAUGCUUAGCUCUAAAUUCAUCUGUCUUGAAUUCGUGAUGUGUAUACAGGUUCAGACUGCUCAUGCCUUCCCUAUUCUCCAGGGGGCAGUGAAUCUGUCUCAUGGAUCUUCUUGCCAAUCAAAACAGUAUUUUUCAGAAGAAAAAAACAAACAAACAAACAAACCCACAAACUAAAGUCCAGAGUCUUGAACUUGUGGAGCACUGCUUUUUUUUUGUUGUUGUUAAUGAUUUAAUCUCUAGGAGAAAGCUAACCUAUUAAUAGUUGUCUACUACUAAUAAUAAUUCAGUAAUAAUCUAUUUCCUCCUUUAAAACAUACACUUCUUUUUUUAAAUUCAGGAAGCCGGUUGAAGCUUCUUGUUAGACUGGCUGGAAUACUGUAGUUUUACAACAAUAGAAUUGGCAAAUCUCUGAUCCCAGAUUGCACUUUUAAAAGAAACUGUCUUUAAAAAGAAAAAAAAAAAAAGUACAGCUUUAGAGUUGCUACUGGCUACAAACAUGGAAUAAAAAUUGAGUGAGAUGUAGGAAAACAUCUGCCAACUAAGAUCUCACUAUAACAUUUUACUUUGGCCCAAAUCUUUAAGCUGAGCUUAGGAGCAUGGGGAGACAUUUUAUUUGGGUAAAGUUUCAUUUCAGCAAUUGCAAAUUCUCUCCAAUUAUAAGGUCUAAAAACAUACAAACAAACCCAGCCCCAAACAGGUAAAAGCUUCUCUACAGCACAGCAAAAAAACUAGUUAAAGAACAGAUAGCUGUUAGAUAAAGCAGUAUGGAAUUUUCAAUACUCAUGUGUGGCAGACAGGAAAUUUCUUUAGAAACAUCACAUGAAAGACCCAUGCACCUACUGAUGCAUGUUGGUGCAGUUGGGUUCUUAGAACAGAGGACCAAAAGGAGCUGACUGAUGCAGAUAGGGAUGAAAGCAGGAGAUCUCCAACUUUAGGCCACCUCCUUGGAUGAUUUUAGAUUAUUUUCUAAACAGAAAACCAGUGCAACUUUUUAUGACCACUGUGGUAUAAGUGAAGACUUUGGAGUGUCUUCUCUCUGUUUUUCUUAGCUAUUUAAUUGCAAACUUUACUUCAACAUCUUUGCAAGAAGCAUAGCUGUUGUGAAAGGUCACUCGCUACUCCAUACCUUCAGAAAAACUCUAAUUUCUACAACUACUGAUUCUACCUCUCAGAACUGUUGAUUCCAAACAUACAAAUAACAAAACAGAUGCAACAGCAGGCAAAAAAGCUGGCAUUCAUUUUAUACUGCACUUAUUACUGAUAACAAUAUUCAAAUCUUCCAGCAUUUAAAGAAGGGGGUUAAACCCAAGAUUUAAUUUUUUUUUUUUUUUUUUUUUUCCAUAUUUUUGGGCUUUCACACCUACAUCUAUACCCACUCUGUGGACUUCAGUUUGCAGCUGGGUCCUUGAAAGAGAACAUUUGUUUUCCCUUUUUAUUUGAAGCAAAUCUGGAAUUAAUAUAAUUAUACAUUGUUUUAUUUGCAGUCCAGUGCAAAAACCACAUGGAAAGUGAAGUAAUCUCUUCAUCUUUGUGCUUUAAACAGCAAAGUGAGUGUUCUGAUGUCUCAUAAAAAUAGUCGAGAUCAAUACAGCUUAUGCCUGGGCCUAAAUGAAUCCUUGGACCAAAAAAAAUGAAGCUAAAUCUUACUGGCAACAUCUUUGUUGUGUUCAUAGCUGUAAGUAAUCCUGUACUGAUUUUUCAGUAAAGAGAUCAGAGGAAAACUAAAAACUAAAGAGGUUUUACGCAUACCAGGAACAUGAAGAAGAGUUUUCCACCACAGACUGACUCCCGCUUCAAGUAUGCAAGAAAAUCAAAGUAGAAAUAGAAAUAUUUCAAACAAGUUUUAUUUGGUACUCACAUGCUAUAAAGGUUUAAAGGAAAACUACAUAUUUUGGACACUUUAAAAUAUUGUGGCUAUGUACAUGGAAAAUUAAAGAAAGUGAGUAUGGAACCCAAUUAAUUUUACUGUGUCACGAACUAUUAUUGAAAGCAUUCUGACUGAAUAGACUGAAUAGCUUCCAUGCAUUCUGGCAGAUAAGUCUCUUUUUCUUUGCUUUUCCAUUGCUUUUAUCCCAUCUCCUGUGUAGGAUGAACGCUUGGCAGCAGCAGAAAGUCACUUCUUCAAGAACUCUUCCGCUUUUGUCUCAGAAGAUUUCUUCUGCAAGCACAGACUUUCUGCACAGCUUCCUAUAAGCCUAGCUCAGUGCUCACUAAAGGCAGGUGCAGGAAUCUGAGUGGCCAUUCUCUGUCAGCACGAACCGAAACCCCGUAAACCCCAUUUCCACCGCUAUGGAUCUACUCAGGGACUUCAACAAACAAUGCAUGAAGCCCCGGUUGAUGUUUCCAACUCAAAUACCCCGUGAGUUCUGCCUGCAACAGCACGGUUUAUCACAGCAUAGAAAGGUGCACAAUGUUACUGUUCUGUUCAACAACAACUGAAAGUGAGGGAUGGCAUAAUGAUGGUAGAAAUCAGCAUGAAACUAAAGAGAAAGCAACUUGCAUUGCUCCUCUUAUCACUCAAACUGUAGUGCAUUAUAAAAAUCACACGCUACAUACAAAGCACAAACAAUGACCAUUUUCCAUUUGCUCUGAAACGAGCAAAACCAAAAAAUUCCCCAAACCUGCUUUAUCAUCAAAAAAAUCAACUAUUUCAGGUUUCACACAGUCUUCAAUCGUCUGAUAAGGCAAAGGAAAAGUCUUCCAUCAUUGGGAACAGCAGCAAUUUACAGGACUCAGAACAAGGUUACUCCCUGUGCACAUCUUUUAUAGUACUGUGAACGUGAAUGUAACAAAAAAAUAAUCAAGUUUGCAGUACCAUUUUAUUACAUUUUUCUAAUUUAUUCAAUUAAACAAUUUAUUUCUGUACUGAACAAAAUUCAUAAAUACAUCAUCUAGGAGAACAAUAGGUUUUCCUCUUGUCCAUGAAAAAAUAAUGCUUUCAAAUUUUCACAUUUUAAAACCUGCCUCGUUUUGUGUUUUUAGAGAAAAAAUGUGAGAAGAUCAUAGUGACAUCUCAAUUUACAGAACGUCCCUGUAGGAAUUACAUUUACAAGAACCUGAUACAGAAGCCGAUGCUCUGCCCCCAUAAUUAGAGUUCUCUGCAAUAAUAUUUAAACCAACAGGUUUAAAUAAAACACCUCAUUAACUCUACUCGUAGAGCAAUGAGGUAUUUAAUUUUCAAGUAUCAGAACCACAAAGCGUAAAAGAUUCUUUGCCAAUUUUACAAUUAUGCCUUUUAAACCAACACCCACCUGAAAAAAGAAGAAAAAAAAAAAGAGAAAGCCCCACUACCCGAAUCAGCCCAUUGCUUUCAGAUUCCA